AUGAAUCAUCGGAACGUGCGCUCGGUGAUUUUGCCGGGGUUUAUGGUGCUGUUCCUUGGGCUGGCGCUGUCGCCCUGUCCAGCUUCGGGUGAUGAUUUCCCGUCGUUACUGUCCACCAAUGUUUCGAUAGCGAUUAUCCUAGACCGCGAGUACCUUGGAGAGCAGUACGAGAAAACGCUGGACGAGACGAAGAACAUCGUGGAGAAGUUGAUACGGGAGCAUUUGAAAAAUGGUGGCAUGAUCGUGAAAUACUACUCCUGGACCAGCAUCAAUCUGAAACGAGAUUUUUCGGCCGUCAUCUCGGUGACGGGGUGUAAAAACACCUGGGACAUUUACCAGGAGGCCGUGCGGGAGCGGCUGGUGAUGCUGAGCAUCACCGAUCCCGACUGUCCCCGGCUGCCGGUCGGUAACGCUAUAAUGAUUCCGCGCAGCGAUGGUACGGCCAGCGCCUUCGAGGAAGUCUCCCAAAUCAUACUCGACAUGAAGAGUUCCCGCGCCAUCGACUGGCGCACAGCGACACUGCUCUACGAUCAAGCGUUCGAUGUCGAAAUAAGCCGAUGCAUACUUUCCUUGUUGGAGGACCGCGAGGGCAUGAAGCCGUUAUCGCUGACGGAGUUUAAAAUACACGCUCCAACGCACAGCUGGGAGAAGCGUAAGGAAAUCCGGCGUACGCUGCUCGGCAUCCCUACCGCCUACACAGGCAAAAACUUUAUCGCCAUUGUAAACGUAGCUACCCUAACGCUGUUGAUGGAAAUCUCCAAGGACCUCAAGCUGGUCAAUCCGUCGUCACAGUGGCUGUAUCUGCUCCCACACACGGACACGUACAGCGAGAACUUCCUCUCGUCCGCCACCAUUAUCAACGAGGGCGACAACGUGGCCUUCGUGUACAAUAUAGGAAAUAAGGGUCGAAACUGUACCGUGAACAUACUCUGCUACAUGGAGUCCUACCUGCUGCAUUUCGUCCGCAGUUUAUCGAAGCUGAUUCGCGAGGAGCAGGUUGUGUUCGGGCAAAUAUCGGACGAAGAGUGGGAGAUCAUACGGCCUAGCAAGCUGGAGCGAAAGCACAAAUUCUUACACAUGAUAAAGAACGCCAUUACUGCCAAGGAUGACUGUAACAAGUGCUCCCAGUGGAAGGUACAAUCUGCAGAAACCUGGGGCUACGUUUACCGUACCGACUUCACUGCCGAUCCGAAUGAUCUACAAGAGCGGAAGAAGUUCACCAUUUUGGACAUCGGUUACUGGACGCCCCAGGACGGGUUCUCGUUGACCGAUGCACUGUUUCCGCAUACUCGGUUCGGGUUUCGUGGUACUCAGCUUAUCUUCUACAGCUACCAUAACCCACCGUGGCAGUUUGUGACGUACAACGAAUCGGGCAGUCCUGUGAUAUCCAGCGGGGUCGUCUACGACAUCCUGACCGAGCUGUCGCGUAAGCUGAACUUUACCUACACGAUGAUCAUCUCGCAGCCGACGGAACUGAACAACGGGUCACUGUUGGAAGGCAACACUACGGCUUUCUACGACAUCAAAGGCAUAUCAUCAGACAUCCCACAAGACAUUUUCAAUUCUAUUAUCAAUAACAAGAUACUGCUAGCUGCCAUCGGGUCAACGGUUAAUGAGAAGCAGAAAAAGUUUAUCAGCUAUACAUAUCCUAUCAGUAUACAGACGUACAGCUUCAUCAUCUCGCGACCACGCGAGCUGAGCCGGGUGCUGCUAUUUCUCUCGCCAUUUGGUUCGGAUACAUGGCUGUGUUUGGCGGCGGCUGUUGCGCUAAUGGGCCCCGUACUCUGGGUCAUCAACAAGCUGAGCCCGUACUACGAGGUACACAGCAAGCCGACCAACAUAGGUCUCGGCAAGGUGAACAAUUGCUUUUGGUACAUCUAUGGAGCACUGCUGCAGCAAGGUGGUCUCUAUCUUCCGUAUGCUGACAGUGGUCGGAUAAUCAUCGGCACUUGGUGGCUCGUCGUCCUGGUUAUAGUCACCACCUACUGUGGGAACCUGGUGGCAUUUCUGACCUUCCCGAAGAUCGACAUCCCCGUCAACAGGAUCAUGCAGCUGCUGCGGAACGAUCGCGGGAUAACCUGGAGCAUCCGUCGCGGUACCUUUCUGGAGGAGGUUCUAAUGGAUUCCACCGAGCCGAAGUAUGUGCAGCUGUACAAGGGCAGCCAGAUGAUCAACGAGCUAACGGAGGACCUGGUGGACCGCAUCGAAGCAGGCCAGCACGUGCACAUCGACUGGCGGAACAACCUGCGCUACCUGAUGAAGCGUCAGUUUCUCCAGACCGACCGGUGCGACUUUGCGCUCAGCACGGACGAGUUUCUCGACGAGCAGAUUGCGCUGGUCAUGCCCAAGGAUAGCCCGUACCUGGAGCUGGUGAACGACGAGAUCAAGCGCAUGCACCAGUUUGGCUUCAUCCAGCGCUGGGUGGCACAGUAUCUGCCGUCGAAGGACAAGUGCAGCGGAGCGGGUCGUGUGAUGGACGUCCAGAACCACACGGUCAACAGCUCCGACAUGGCGGGCUCGUACUGGAUCCUCCUGCUGGGGUUCUCGUGCGGGCUGUUCAUCUUCGUCGGUGAGUUCGCCUACAGCCGGUACCGUAAGUAUAAGCAAUCCAAGCAGGCCGCCGUCGCCUACAGCGAGUAAGAAAGAUGGACAAUGGAUGCAACAAAACCUACCUGGGCGAUGAUUAGCUGCAAAUA